GUUUGGUGUUUUCGAUUUUUCUUGCAAUCUCUAGAAAAUUGUGGAACUUGUUGUGUUUAUCUGAUACUGUUGCUGUGAUUAUUUACAAACCUGGCUAAUCAUCGGGACAACGCGGAUACUAUGGAGGUGGACCAGUACGCCAUGGCGGUGUGCGAGUGGCAAGGCGAGGGCUCGCGGCUGCCGCUCAUCGACGAGUCGUCAGCGUUGCUCCCACAGGCACCCAAAGACAGACUGGUAGCAGUACUGGACCAGGUGGAGAUGCGCGUGGAGCGCCUGCGCCGGGAUACGGUGCGGAUCGAGGAGGAGAAGGACUCCCUGCUGUCCACGCUGGACAGUGUCAGGCAUUCCGACCUACUUGGAGAUGUCACUGACUGCGACAAGGAGGACAUAAUGCGGUACGCGGAGCGCAUCCUGGCGCGCGCCAUGACGGUGGAGGUGGCUGUGCGCACCGACCGCGACGCCAUGCAGGAGGAGGCGCUGCAUCAGGUGAAUCUCUACAUCGACCAGCUAGUGAUGUCCGUCCACGACGACGCAGUAAUCGCUCACACCCGCUGCCAGACCUACAUGAACGCGUGCACAUCGCAGCCGGACCCCGCCUCGGGCACCGACAAGAACUUCGAGUCGGCCAUCCUCGGCUGCACGCUUGAUGACCAGAAGCGCGUCAAGAAACGUCUGCAGGGCUUGCUCGAAUACUUCGCGAAGCUGAAUGUGACGUCGUGCUCGUGAGUCGGAAGGCGAAGU